CCGGGCGGGCGCGCAACUUAUAGCCCGGUGCGCUGUGGCCCGGCGCAGUCUGCUGCGGCAGCCUCCGCUCUAACAGCGCUACGGAGGCGCUGCAGAGACCCAGAGCAGACGCCAGGCGGCCGUCCGCACUCACGUCGCAGCUUCGCUCCCUCCCUCCCCCAGCGCGCUGCCCGCCUUCCUCCGCCGCGCGGCCGCCGCAGGCUCACUCUCCCCUGGCUAGGCGAGCGCCGGCAGACGCUUGGCCCGGCCGGGGCGCCAGGUCCGCUGCUGCAGAUCCGGAGGCCGAGGCGAGCUGCCUGCCAGAACCAACCCGGGAGCCACUACCCCCCGGCGCUAUCGCCUCUCCACUGGCACUCCUUUCUCCCUGGUGAUCGCCACCUUUUCCUGGGACCGAGACGCCCUUCAUUGACUCCCUGCGGGUAACCGAGGCAAGAACCCUAGCCGGUUGUGUGAGGAGGCCAGUCGCCUACUGCUGAGUUGAAACAAAAUGUCAGUCAGCGUGCAUGAGAACCGCAAGUCCAGGGCCAGCAGCGGCUCUAUCAAUAUCUACCUGUUUCAUAAGUCUUCCUAUGCAGACAGUGUCCUCACUCACUUGAACCUUCUGCGACAGCAGCGGCUCUUCACGGACGUCCUUCUCCAUGCAGGAAACAGGACCUUCCCUUGCCACCGGGCAGUGCUGGCUGCGUGCAGCCGCUACUUUGAAGCCAUGUUCAGUGGUGGCCUGAAAGAGAGCCAGGACAGCGAAGUCAACUUCGACAAUUCCAUUCACCCAGAAGUCUUAGAGCUGCUUCUCGACUAUGCAUACUCCUCCCGGGUCAUCAUCAAUGAAGAAAAUGCCGAGUCGCUCCUGGAAGCCGGCGACAUGCUGGAGUUCCAGGAUAUUCGAGAUGCAUGUGCAGAAUUUCUGGAAAAGAACCUGCAUCCCACCAACUGCCUGGGUAUGCUGCUGCUGUCCGACGCCCACCAGUGCACCAAGCUGUAUGAACUCUCCUGGAGAAUGUGUCUCAGCAAUUUCCAGACCAUCCGGAAGAACGAAGAUUUCCUCCAGCUGCCCCAGGACAUGGUUGUGCAGCUCCUGUCCAGUGAGGAGCUGGAGACGGAAGACGAAAGGCUUGUGUAUGAGUCUGCCAUGAACUGGAUUAGCUAUGACCUGAAGAAGCGCUACUGCUACCUCCCUGAACUGUUGCAGACCGUGAGGCUGGCCCUCCUUCCUGCCAUCUAUCUCAUGGAGAACGUAGCCAUGGAGGAACUCAUCACCAAGCAGAGGAAGAGUAAGGAGAUUGUGGAAGAGGCCAUCCGGUGCAAGCUGAAAAUCUUGCAGAACGACGGCGUGGUGACCAGCCUCUGCGCCCGCCCUCGGAAAACCGGCCACGCCCUCUUCCUCCUAGGAGGACAGACUUUCAUGUGUGACAAACUGUACUUGGUAGACCAGAAGGCUAAAGAAAUCAUUCCCAAGGCCGACAUCCCCAGCCCGAGGAAAGAGUUCAGUGCGUGCGCAAUUGGCUGCAAAGUGUACAUUACCGGGGGACGGGGAUCCGAAAAUGGAGUCUCAAAAGAUGUCUGGGUUUAUGAUACCCUGCACGAGGAGUGGUCCAAGGCUGCCCCCAUGCUGGUGGCCAGGUUCGGUCAUGGGUCUGCUGAACUGAAGCACUGCCUGUAUGUGGUUGGUGGGCACACGGCUGCCACUGGCUGCCUCCCAGCCUCCCCCUCAGUCUCUCUAAAGCAAGUAGAACAUUACGACCCCACGACCAACAAAUGGACCAUGGUUGCCCCGCUCCGAGAAGGCGUCAGCAAUGCUGCUGUCGUGAGCGCCAAACUCAAGCUGUUUGCUUUUGGAGGUACCAGCGUAAGUCAUGACAAGCUCCCCAAAGUUCAGUGUUACGAUCAGUGUGAGAACAGGUGGACGGUACCGGCCACCUGUCCCCAGCCCUGGCGUUACACAGCGGCAGCUGUGCUGGGGAACCAGAUCUUUAUUAUGGGCGGCGAUACAGAGUUCUCUGCCUGCUCUGCUUACAAAUUCAAUAGUGAGACUUACCAGUGGACUAAGGUGGGCGAUGUGACAGCCAAGCGCAUGAGCUGCCACGCCGUGGCCUCCGGGAACAAGCUGUAUGUGGUGGGAGGCUACUUCGGCAUCCAGCGCUGCAAGACUUUGGACUGUUACGAUCCGACUUUAGAUGUGUGGAAUAGCAUAACCACUGUCCCGUACUCCCUGAUCCCCACCGCGUUCGUCAGCACCUGGAAACAUCUGCCUUCUUAACGCACAGCUUCCUAGAGGAAGCAUGCAUGAGCUCACUCUGGACGCAUGGUGAGAUGAUAUGAGGUUUCUGCUUUGGAGAAGCCCGAGUUUUAAUGAAGAGAAAGAAAAAUAGGAGAAGUUGCUACAAGACUCCUCGAAUACCAUCGGCUGCACCUUGUGAACGCUCUUUUAAGUGGACAUGA